GCGGUGGGGAACUCUGUGGAUGUGAUAACGCUUUAGAGUCCCUGCUGCUGAUACUGCUGCCGGCUGCUCUUCAUACACACUCCUGUCCUGUGAUGGAUUAGUUUAGCUCAGACGAAAAUAAGAAAAAAGGUGCUUCUAUAUCCAAAAAAAACUUACCCCCACAGCUGCCUCAGAGCGCUUGGUAUUUGGAAUAAAUGACUGAUACAAGAUCCUUCCAUACAGGAAUUCAUCUGCAUGGGAAAUGAAUGCUGCGGGGAAGCAACUUCCACCCCAACUAGAGCGCCCGGUCAGCCUGUUCGUACCAACUUGGACUAAAACUGGUUUUGCACAACUGUAUAAUGAAGGUUCAGAGAACGCCUGCGAUGUUCGACUCAGACUUACCAAGGAAGCAUUGACAAUCCAAAAGCAAGACAUUGUCUGCACUAGUGGGCAUAAGCAAAGUUCAAAUCGCAGAACUGUUACGCUUCACAGAGACCCUGUUGGUGGAUUGGGUCUAAGCAUUAAGGGUGGAGCACAACAUAAAGUGCCUGUUGUUAUAUCUAAAAUUUUCAAAGAUCAACCAGCUGACCAGAGUGGGUUGUUGUUCACAGGAGAUGCCGUAAUGCAGGUGAAUGGCAUUAACGUCGAAAACGCAACUCAUGAAGAAGUGGUUCAUUUACUGCGGAACGCUGGAGACGAAGUCACCGUCACUGUUUACUAUUACAAGGAAGCACCUUCAUUUCUUAAACUCCCAAUAGGUUCCCCAGACCCCCCCAGUGAUCACAGCAGUGGUACGUCAUCCCCUCUAUUUGACAGUGGUUUACAUUUGAAUGGGAAUACGUCCAACACAGCGCCAUCAUCACCUUCCUCACCUACGAUUCAAGAACCCAAAUAUGAAAAGCGAUGGAUAGACGAACUUUCAAUUCCUUUACUCAUGGCUCGAAUUUCAAGGUUCAAGGCUUCGACAGUCAAGUUAAGACCAAAUUCAUUUGAAAUUCUGGCUCAAGAUGGAGUCAGUUCUGGGACUCUCCAGUUUAACUCAGCGCAUGACAGUGCAGACUGGCUACGAGCGAUAUCUACAAACAUCAGUGAUCUGACUCUACAAAAUAUGAAAAUGGUAAACAAAUGCUAUUCACCAUCCGACCAGAUUCUACACAUGGGUUGGGUGAGUGAAAAAGUACAAGGGUCAGAUGGAUCGCACAUUUAUAAAUUCAAGUUCCUGGUACUAAAGGGUUCAACUUUCUAUAUCUUCAAGACUCCACCAGUUAGUACACUUGACUGGGCAAGAGCUGAAAAAAUGUAUAACCUCUGUGAGGUUCUGUUUAAAGUCAGCAAGGUCUGGCCCGCUGAUGAAAUCUGGAUUCAAGAAAAUCUGUAUUUAAAUGUCAAUCAAAGCGAAGAUUCUGAAGAUCAGCGGCCAUAUUGUUUUAAAGUUUUGGUCGGACAUGGCAAGAGCCAUUACUUCAGCACAGAGUUGGGAAGUGAUUUACCGGUUUGGGAGAGAUCCUUUCAGAAAUCAAUCUUCAUGGAAGUACAAAGGGUAGGGUCAAAGACAUAUGUCUGCAACAGCCAAGGGGACGUCAUGUGCUUUACAGUGGACUUUGUAUCCGGAUUUACCUGUUUUGACAGUAAAUCAAAGAAUAUCAUCUGGAGAUUUAAGUUCUCCCAACUGAAAGGCUCCUCCGAUGACGGCAAGACUCGAGUCAAGCUGCUAUUUCAGAAUUGUGACACAAAACAAAUUGAAAUGAAGGAGCUGGAAUUUCAGGAUCUCACUGGUGUGUUACAUUGCAUUCACUCAUUCAUUGCUGCCAAGGUUGCAUCUAUGGACCCCACAUUUAUAAACAGCCAAAGUAUUACGAGGAAAUACAUUUACAACACGUGAAGACCAAGGACGGAGACACAUCGUUUUCCUAAGGGAUGAAGAUUUCAUGCACAAAUAAUUUGGAAUCAAAAACUUUUUUUGGAAUAAAACCUAUUCCUCUUGUCUGUCUCUAUCCACCCAAGUGUAUACACCUUCAGUUUAUUCUGCAUUUCAAUGUAUAUCAUAAAAUUAUCUAAAGCACAUUUUCCUAUUUCUAUUAUGGAAAAGGAUAAUGAAAAAAAGCACUUUAAGAAAAAUAUUCCAGGUUGUCUUAGGAGCUGUAUAUAUAUACCUAGGAGCAGGGCUGUGGCUGGAGGGUUUUGUUGUAUAUAGGCCGGUAGCAUGCAUAUAUUUCAUUUUAGAAUUUUCGUUACUUAGGACUUUAAAAUCUACAAUCUGCUGUAAGCAGCUUUAAUGUAAUAUUCUGUUAAUAAAUUUUAUGGUCUGACCAAAUGUAUUUAUGAUGGAAUCAUACAGAUAAUCCAAGUAUUUAUGUAUUUUGAUAAUAUUACAUACUGUAUAUUUCAUCAGUGUGUUAUAAACUCAUGGACAAUGCAAAUUCUUAUAAAUAUUUAAUUGAA